ACGGCGUUGGUGGCUGGCGGCCGACGACAUGGCGCGGAGGAUGUGGCCGGAGAGGAGGAGGACGGCGCGAAGCGGGAACGCGGCGGGGAUGGCGGUGGCCGGGACUGAUGGGGAGCCCGGCGGCGGCGCGGCGGGAGCCGGCGGGGUGGGCGCCGCCGGGGUGUACGGCGGCGGCACGGACGACCUCACGCCUCGAUCCCCCGCUGCUUGGACCUGGGAGUUUCCCAAGACUUGGUGGUCGGUGGAGCUUUUCUUGCAUCCCCCGGGCGCAUGUGUCUUCCAAUUCCAAACUCUUCGAGAGUUCCUUUCCACCUCCAUUCUGCACUUCCUUCUCUCCUUUUCUCCCCCUCACACCUUCGCUACCGUUAACUCCUUAGCCGAGUGGUAGUGCUUUCAGCUUUCUAUCUCGCAUAUUCUUCUUUGUCGUGUUGUUAUGUGUAACGUCAACAGGUGCCAAAUGGUACAGGGUGGUGUUUUGGAUCCAUGGACUAAUUUUUAGU